AUGUCUGGGAAUACUAAUUCAGACAUCUUGAUUGCUGGUGCGAUUGCUGCUUUCACGGUCGAUCUGCUUGUGUACCCGCUUGAUACUAUCAAGACGAGGAUACAAAGCCCGGAUUAUGCAAAGUUUUACACAGAUGGGCAGACGGGGAAGGUAGCAUUCUUCACCACCUACGAGCGCACAAAAACCCUCUUCACCCGCCUCAACACCACCUCCUCCAUCACCCAAUGGCGUCUUACCCAUCGCCGUCGUCCACGCCCGGCGCAUCCUCCCUCGCGGAACUCGUCUCCUGCGCCCAUCCUCACCCCCGCAGAAGUCAUCAAGCAAAACGCGCAAAUGGUAAAAGCAGGCUCGCCAACAAACGCCACCAUGCAAACCCUGACUAAAUUCAAAUCAAACCCUCUAGCACUCUGGCGGGGUUAUACCGCGUUAGCGGGGCGCAAUUUGCCCUUUACAGCCAUGCAGUUCCCCAUGUUUGAGCGGCUGAAGCUGGGGAUUAAAGAGUAUAGGGAUCGGCGGGGGUUGACGACGGGCACGAUUUGGGAGAGCGGGAGUAUCACGGCGGUGAGUGCGGGAUCGGCGGGGGCCGUGGCCGCGGUUAUUACCACGCCGAUUGAUGUGGUGAAGACGCGGAUCAUGUUGUCUGCAGCUGAUAAUGCCGCGCAAGAAGCUUCACAGGCACAAGCGAAGCCGAAGGCGGGUGGGCUGGUGGAUGCGUUUGGCAAGUCGGUGGAGUCGUCCAAGGAUACGGUCAAAAAGGCGGCGAAGAGUUUACAUCGAUGUGGGGCGGUCGGAGCAAAAAAGUAG